AUGCAUCGACUUUUUGCUGAGCUGGAGCCAUCUGUAACCGUCACCGAGCAAAACCUGGCAGACCGAGUUCGGUAUAUCCUGCGCUCAAAUACAUUUGAUGUCACCGAACUCGAACGGCAACGACGUGAGGCUGUUUCUUCAUCGUGUGAAAAUGCUGCGGCUGAAGAUGCGGCGCCACAACUUGCUGAGCAAACGGCAAAUGUGGAUGCCGCCGUGAAUACGCCAAUUGUGGUUGAUUCAAACGAUGACGGAACAGUCGCCCAGGAACUGGAACUAGAGCAAAUGAGGAGUACAUUGGAGGAGGCGAUUGUGGAAACGCGCAGUACGCCUCUCGAAAAUAGACCGCGACUUCCCCGCUUAGCCCUAAGCAAGCGGAAUCGGGCUGUCGUGAGGGCUCUGAACCUAAUGCUGGUUACCUACUUGGAAGCCAGCCGGGACCUUUGCGAGACGGACUCAAUUCUUUUUUGGCGCCGCACUGGCAGUCUGCCGUAUUAUAGGCGCCAAACUUUCCACGGCUGGACGCGCUACUGGACAAAGUAG